CAUUUUCAUACUCACUAGUAAUCAUCAACUCUCAGAAUAUACAAAAUGUCUGCUUCGGAAUCCAAGGGAACCCAGGGCUUUUACGAUGAGCUGAAGGCUCUCUUCCAGCAGGCGGAUAAAUCCGGCGAAGGAAAGCUCGCUCUUCCCGAGUUCAAGAACGCCGUGAAAGGCAGCAGCAGCGGCAGCCAACUGAACGAUAUGCAGUUGGAGGCCAUGUUCAACUUCUAUGAUGAAGACAAGACUGGAUUUGUCUCAUUUGAGAGUGUGUGGAAGAAGAUGAACAGUAUGAUGAAAUGAGGGCCACGCUUGAUGUAUGGCGAUUGUAUGUGAGUUAAGAGAUUGUCUCUACGCACUGAGGAAUUCUACAGUGGACUCUAGCGAGGAUAUGUGGAAUGAUCAAGUACUGUAUUGUAAAGCCUGCGUAAAUCAUG